UUAAUAAUUUUCAAGUCCGCUUUGGUUAAAAUUAUGAGCACACGCACAUCAAGCUCUAUAUAUAGCAUAUCUACCUGUGAUUCCAUAUUUGCGUUGAAGGCUCGUUUCCACCGACGCCCUUCGAACAACUCCCAAAAGACCCCCGGUGGAUACCGUUGGGUUAGAGAGAGAGAGAGAGAGAGAGAGAAAGAGAGAGCGAGGGAAAUUCUGACUCGUCCGAGUCAGAAUCAUUUGUUGAAGCUUGCUCGUCCCCGUUUCCUUUUAACUCACUACACCUUCGGAUCUAAGCAGGGCAUCUCACAAUGAAGGCUCUUAUUCUAGUUGGAGGUUUCGGUACUCGGCUGAGACCAUUGACGCUUAGUGUUCCAAAGCCCCUUGUUGAUUUUGCUAACAAGCCCAUGAUCCUACAUCAGAUUGAGGCUCUAAAGGCUGUUGGAGUGACUGAAGUUGUUCUAGCUAUCAAUUACCAACCAGAGGUGAUGUUGAACUUCUUAAAGGAAUUUGAGACAAAACUUGGAAUAAAGAUCACCUGCUCACAAGAGACCGAGCCACUUGGCACUGCAGGCCCUCUGGCUCUGGCUAGGGACAAACUGAUAGAUGAUUCUGGUGAGCCAUUUUUUGUUCUUAACAGUGAUGUUAUUAGUGAAUACCCAUUCAAAGAGAUUAUCAAAUUCCACAAAUCCCAUGGAGGUGAAGCUUCCAUAAUGGUAACCAAGGUUGAUGAGCCAUCAAAAUACGGUGUGGUUGUCAUGGAAGAAUCAACUGGACAAGUUGAGAAAUUUGUAGAAAAACCCAAAAUAUUCGUGGGUAACAAGAUAAAUGCCGGGAUUUACUUGCUGGACCCAUCUGUUCUUGAUCAUAUUCAACUGAGGCCCACCUCAAUCGAAAAGGAGGUAUUCCCAAAAAUUGCAGCAGAGAAAAAGCUUUACGCCAUGGUUCUACCAGGCUUUUGGAUGGACAUUGGGCAACCAAGAGACUACAUUACCGGCCUCAGACUUUACCUAGACUCCUUGAGAAAGAAAUCUUCAUCUAAAUUGGCUGUUGGAGCCCACAUUGUUGGAAACGUUCUGGUGGAUGAGACCUCGAAAAUCGGAGAAGGGUGUUUGAUUGGGCCUGAUGUUGCGAUUGGACCAGGCUGUGUAGUCGAGUCAGGAGUUAGACUCUCCCGCUGCACGAUCAUGCGUGGGGUACGUGUCAAGAAACAUGCAUGCAUUUCCAGUAGUAUCAUCGGUUGGCACUCUACUGUAGGGCAGUGGGCCCGGGUGGAGAACAUGACCAUACUCGGUGAGGAUGUUCAUGUCUGCGAUGAGAUUUAUAGCAAUGGGGGUGUUGUUUUGCCACACAAAGAAAUUAAAUCCAGCAUUUUGAAGCCAGAGAUAGUCAUGUAAAGGUAUGCUGUGAGGAAUAGUAACUUCUUUUGUGUUGAAUUUGGAUGUGUUGAUCCAUUUUCAAAUGUAGAAGAUUGCCCAGUUGUUAGAUGGUGGAAAAGCUAGUAGCUACAUUUCUGAAGGGCCAAUGUUUGUUAUGAGAGUGUUUGGUUAUGAUCAGUGGCUUGAGCUGUAAUCUUUAGUGUGUGUACUAUGUAGAAAUAAUUGAUGGCUUGUUUUUUUUUUUCUUUAUCUUUUGUUAAGUUAUAGAGGUUGGAUUUUGUAACAUGCAUUUCCAGAAUAGCAUUUUGUUGGGAAUGA